AUGAACAGAGUUUUAUGCGACGAGAAAAUGUUCCUACGUCGAACUAAAUCUUUGUGUCAAUUUAGUGGUACAUUUACGACUAAAGCAACCGGUACAAGCAAGAAUGUGUGCACGGAGAAGCGCAGUCGUACGGCAAGCGAGUCCUCUGUUGAGGCGUAUGUGGUCCACCGAACUGAUUCCGAAACGUCACUGGAGGAACACGAUGUCAACUCGAGUUCUAUUGGUGUGGGCAAAUUGACGCAUUUGGAACAUAAAAUGGAUCAAUUAAGCGAUCUGUUUAUGGAGCAAUGUCGAAUAUUAGCCGCUAUAAAAGAAGAGAUACAGAACUCGAGGGAGGUCAUAGAGAAAUCAAGCGAGAUGUCAAGACAAUUAGAAGAAAGUGAUACAUCAGAUGAGGAGACAGCCAACAGUCGCGCGCGCACACUGCUCGAUGCGAUCCAGGUGAAACAGACGCGGCCUACGAACGUCGCUAGGGAGAUGAAGGAUGCAUUCGCGCGCUUCUUGCAAAGUGAUGAGCUGGCAGAGCGCGUGGCGGUGACGACGGCGGCGGCGGUGCGCGAGGCGGUGCGCGGGUGCGUGCAGCGCGAGGUGGCCGCCGUCUACCUGCCGCUGCUGCAGCGCGCGCACCGCCGCCUGCACGCGCACGCCAUACGCGCGCUAGAGGACGCCUUCGCGGAACUGGAGGAGCACACGUCCCGGUCGUCGCACCGCAUGUACCGCGCGUCGCGUCAGCUGCGGCGCGCGCUCGAGCGUCACCAGCGCGCGGCGUCCGCCCCGCAACAGAUACAGUCGCUGCAGCGUACGGCCGAGAGGAUCCUAGACAACGAAAUGAAUCAAUGGCGCCAAAAGAUUCUGGAGUGCAUUCCAACGGAGGGUUCAUCGGAGAGCGAUGGUCGGUCUGCAUCCCCUACGCUGUCAGUGGAGUACCCGGCAUAUGGCCCCGUCAGCCCCACGCAACCAGCAGACCCUGAACAUUCUGUCAUCGAUCAACUGGUUAAUAUAAAGUGUUCUAUUUAUGAAUAUUGGUAUAGUAGCCAAGUUAACAGGGUGAAAUGGUCUGGCUCAUUUUCUGAUGCACUUUUAACGGGAAAAAAUAUUUAGUGGAUUAUAGGGUUUAUUGACUUAUAGUAUUAA